UUGGUGGGAUGGUGUGGCUAUAAAGAGACUGUUUGCAUACCUCAGCUUGCUCUUUGCUCUUUCUCUUUCUCUGCUCAUUUCAACAGAUUCUUCUUUUUUUCAAGUAGUUUCAGUUUCAGUUUGAGGAAGAGGAAGAAAGAUUGGAAAUGGGGAACUGCCAAGCCAUUGAUACAGCAACGCUUGUGAUACAACAUCCAUGUGGGAAAGUUGACAAAUUGUAUUGGCCUGUGAAUGCUAGCGAGAUUAUGAGGAUGAACCCUGGUCACUAUGUUGCUCUUCUCAUCUCUACCACCUUGUGUCCAACAAAUAAUAAUCAUACUAAUAAUAUUGAUGGAUGCCCCAACAACAACAACAACAACAGCGCCACCGCCACCGUCGUCGCCACCACCACCAACAACAACGGCAACAAUGGGAAUUCUGUUCGGUUGACAAGGAUUAAGCUUCUUCGCCCAACUGAUACUCUUGUUCUUGGACAAGUUUAUAGACUCAUCACUACUCAAGAUGUUAUGAAAGGGUUGUGGGCAAAGAAGCAUGCAAAGAUGAACAGAAACAAGCCAGAAUUAGCUGAAAAGCCAGAGAGGGUACAUGAGAAGCCAAAAAGCAAAGAUCAUCAGGGGAAGAAACAUGAAAGAAACCGACCAAGAACAACAUCAUCUACCAACACAGCUGCAGCCAAAUCAAGAAUAUGGCAACCCUCAUUACAAAGCAUCUCAGAAGCUGGAAGCUGAUCCUGGUUUUUAUGUCUUCCUUCCUAAGAGGCUGCAGAAGAGCCAGAGACUCCAACAGCACACAAAUCCAGUCUUGUUAAACCUGUUAAAAUUACAAAGCAGCAAGUGGGUAGUUUGCCAAGGGAGCAAAAAAAUUCAUCAAGUGCGGAUCUGAGUAAUGCAUAAAACUUGUAUAGCAAACAGUGAUCGAUAUCCAAUUAAAGUAUUUGUAAUCAUCAAGUGCUCUUCUGUUAAUGUAGUUAGAGUUUCUCCAAAGACUAUUUUAUGAUUUUGGUUUUCA